AUGGAAGGUUUCAACCAAACCAGAGUGACUGAAUUUGUUUUCACCGGACUCACCGAUAACUCGAUGUUAGAGAUGUCAUUCUUGGUGACAUUCUCGGCCACCUACAUGCUGACUUUGUUCGGGAACCUUCUCAUAGUGGUCACCAUCAUGUUCACCCCACGUCUCCACACUCCCAUGUACUUCUUCCUCAGCAACUUGUCCUUCAUUGACAUUUGCCUCUCAUCUGUCACAGUCCCCAAGAUGCUAGAGGGCUUCCUCUUGGAAAGAAAGGUCACCUCUUUUGAUGCAUGCAUUGCACAGCUCUUCUUUCUACACCUCUUUGCCUGUGCCGAGAUCUUUCUGCUGACCAUCAUGGCCUAUGACCGUUAUGUGGCCAUCUGCACCCCUUUACACUAUUCCACCGUGAUGAACAUGAAGGUGUGUGUGCAGCUCGUUUUUGCUCUCUGGCUGGGAGGCACCAUUCACUCCCUGGUGCAAACAUUUCUGACCACCCGCUUGCCCUACUGUGGUCCCAACAUCAUCGAUAGCUACUUUUGUGAUGUGCCGUCCGUCAUAAAGCUGGCAUGUGCAGACACAUACCUCACGGGAGUGCUCAUUGUUUCUAACAGUGGAACCAUCUCCACCGUUUCCUUUCUGGCACUGGUGACUUCCUACACGGUCAUCCUGGUGUCUCUCCGGAAGCAGUCGGCUGAAGGACGCCGCAAGGCGCUCUCCACCUGCACGGCUCACUUCACGGUGGUGGUCCUCUUAUUUGGACCCUGUAUCUUCAUCUACACCCGGCCAGAUACUAGUUUCUCCAUUGACAAGGUAGUGGCUGUGUUCUACACGGUCAUCACCCCUUUGCUGAAUCCCCUCAUCUACACUUUGAGAAAUGAGGAGGUGAAGAACUCCAUGAAACAGCUCAGACAGCACCAAGUCUUCACAAAAGCAUAUACAUGA